AUGGCAGACAACAAGACUCACGACAUCGAGGUUGAGAAGAAGUCUCAGCCUUGCGACAUCAACGACGAUGUCGAGGCCGAUAUCAAGAACGGCACUGUCACAGAUCUCGACGAGGCAGAGCUUUUCCUCCAGCAACAUGGAAUCGCCCACUCUCGUCUCAACGAGCUCAUGUCUGAUGAAGUAGCGCUUAAGAAACUUCGUCGCAAAGUUGACUGGACCUUGAUGCCGUUGCUGUGCGGCACUUAUCUCCUUCAGUAUGUCGACAAGCAGGCUCUGGGCUACUCAGCUGUCUUUGACCUGUUCACCACAACUGGAAUGACACCGGACGAAUACUCGUGGAUGGCGUCCAUCUUCUACUUCGCCUACCUCAUCGCAGAAUGGCCCGCCUCCUAUCUCACACAGCACUAUCCCACCGGCAUCAUCGUGAGCAGUUUUGUCAUCAUCUGGGGCUCCAUCCUCUGCCUCACAGCCGCCUGCAGCAACUUCGCCGGCCUUGCGGCAUGCCGCUUCCUCCUCGGAGCUUUUGAGGCCGUCAUCACACCCGCCUUCAUGCUCAUCGUCUCGCAAUGGUUCCGCCGAGAGACCCAGCCCUCGCGUGCCGGUCUGUUCUACUGCUUCAACGGUUUCGGCGCCAUGUUCGGCGGCAUCAUGUUCUACGGUGUUGGCCAGGCCAAGGGCUGGGCUGUCUGGCGCACCAUCUACGUCCUCUGCGGCGGCCUGACCAUCUGCUGGGGCGUCGUACUUUACUUCUUCCUCCCCAACAACAUCCUCACUGCGAAGCGCUACACGGUCGAGGAGCGCGCCAUGCUUAUCGCCCAAAGCGCGCGUAACAAAACGGGUGUGUUCAACCGCAAGAUCAAGUGGAACCAGAUCCGCGAGGUUUUCACCGACGCGCAGAUCUGGCUGCUCUUCUUCUUUGUGCUCCUGAACGAGAUCAUCAACGGUGGCAUUGCCAACUUCUCCAAGCUCAUCGUCAAGGGCUUCACCAAGGACGCUCUCCUCACCACGGCGUAUGGUAUUCCUUAUGGUGCCUGCAAUGCCAUCUUCAUGUUCACUGGUCCUUAUGUGGCGUCCAAGUUCAAGAACGUUCGAACAAUCGUCAUGUGUGUCUGGCUUACACCCACACUCAUUGCCGUGAUUCUCUUCUGGCAGCUUCCCCGAACCAACAAGGGUGGUCUGCUCGCUGGCUACUACAUGUGCGCAUCUUUUGUCGGUGCCCUUAUCGUCGCUCUUCAAAUGCCCGCCUCCAACGUUGGUGGCUACACCAAGCGAACCACAGCCACAGCCUUCGUCUUCCUCGCCUACUGUAUCGGCAACAUCAUCGGCCCUCACGGCUUCAUCGGCUCUGAAGCACCCAUCUACCAGACUGGCUGCAAGCUCAUUAUUGGCUGCGUAGCCGGCCAAGUUGCCAUCGCGAUUGCUCUCCGUUUCGUGCUUAUCCGCCGAAACCGUCUCCGGGAUGAGCAGGGACCUGUCAUUGAGGACGAGAACGCCGUGUUGCAGGAUCUCACAGAUUUUGAGAACCCCAACUUCCGAUACUCUUAUUAG